GUUGCAGACUGGAAGAAAAAGAACUUUAUUGAUCGUUUUGUACAGUCUGUAGUGAGUCAUGGACCCUCCUUGAUACCUUUGACAAGAGAUGAGCAUGGUGAUGAAGAAGAGUCAUUACUUAACUUUCUUAAUCCUAGAAGAGAUGGCAACAUGGGCAUGAAUUACUUCAGAAAUAAGCUUCAGGUAAACAUUGCUCUUUUACAAGUGUAUAGCAGGGCUGUACUGUAGCAGCAUUCAGGUUGUCCCCCGUGCUGUACAUAUGCUAUUGAGCCACUAGAAGUAACAGAUUUUGUUAUGAAAAUUUUAUGCUAGGCACCCUGGAUUUCAUUGGUUUAGAGCACAGAGCUCCCUCCAAUUUUUCUUAGAACCAGUCUUGGUAUAGGAACCUAGUAAGAAGCGCUUAAAGCACACGAAUUCAUGGAUUGUGUGAACAAAGAAUUAUUAAUGGUGGACAUGCGUGCCUUCUACAUCUACAUCCAUAUUCUAUUCACAAAUAACCUCUCUUUUUGGGAAAAACAAUAAUUGACGCCUGAUGGAGCAUAAUGAGUAAAAAAGUCAUAAUCACAGAGGAAGAAGAACAACAACAACAACUUCAACGAGGGAUCAGAGUAUUUGUCAACCUGGUACUUCCAGCUUUUGAGUUUUUGUCUUGCUGCCUUACCCUCCUCCUUGUCCUUAGCCUGCAGAUGUAUUUCCGGUCAUCGCUUCUCUCCACCCAAAAAGUUCUGCGCUCGCAGGCUACCUUAUCCUCCUCUUUCUCUUUUUAUGUGAAAAAUGACUGUUUACAUAUGUAAUAUUAAUGUUUGCAGGUGAGCUGCCCAGCAGGUGGAACAAAUGAAUAUUUAGGAGCACUAAGUGAAAUGCAUCAAUCAUCUAAUGAAGACAGAGAAAUUCUUCAUCCAUUUUAUAGACAACAACCAACACAGUAAGUAGUUUGGUGUUGUAUAGAUUGACUGUAUAGAGGAACAGAGAUGCACAAUUUUUUUUUUGCACCUGUAGCUAGAGUAAUUUUUUAAAAUCUGAUGGAUUGUCAAGGUUCUACAUUGUAGGUAUUAUAGUUGUAUUUGGCAAUGGAGAAUGCUUCCUAAUCUGUUGGUUAUUUUGUGAAUUUGUGGGUGUCCUGUGCAAUCAAACAUGCUGAGUCAAAAAAAUUUGAUCAACUUGUAGGGGCACCAUUGCAGAGUACAUGUAUGUACAGUACAUACUGUAGAUACAGCUAGGUCAAUUAUUUUAAUAAAAAAAGGUUUUUUAUAGAGAUUGAGAUCCGAUGUUCGUUUAUCAGUAAUCAAAGCAAAAUAUGUUCUGUCUGAGAUUUUCCGCUAUGCAUUUGUAUCUAUUUUUUGCUUAAUAACCUCCCUAUUUAUAUACUUAGGUCAGGUGUGCAAGAUGAUGAUUUCAGCCAAAGAAUAAAAAGAUUUGUUGCAACUAAAGCAGACCUGUUGUUUUCCAUGGAAGGGAAGCAGAAAUUACAAAGAGGAGUUGAUUUUGGCUUGCAUUCAAACCAGGAAGGUAAGUGUACAUUAAUACUGAGGACACACAGAGCUUGGUCCUCAUGUGCUGCCGUUCUACCUGCCGCAUACAUGGCGGUCUUGCCUGGGAUACUGUUAGUCAUCAAUGCUGGGAAUGGAAACAUUGUAGGUCUUUACUACUGGCAUGCCUGCAAGGUUGAACUUAAGGCAACUUCGCAGGUACAUGUAUAGCGAUAGCAAAGAGUGGGAUGGCCUCUGUUGUCUGCAACUUCUGUUCUCACAUUGGAAUGGUAUCCCUUGCAGUACUGGCAGCUAUGUCGCAGGCGGGUCGCUGACAUACAAUGUAUGAGAAUCAGCAACAUGCCAGAUAACUCUGUGACUAAAAGUAAAGGUUGUGAUUCUAAUCAGACUUCACUCAUUUAACUUCUUUUUCACUUCUCUUUGAUCGAGAUAAUUGGUGAUCAGUAUUCUUUCCUUGGUUUAUGCAGGAAAUCCUUCCUUAGAAUGUCAAAAAUAUUCUGAACAUGGUUGUAAGAGAAAUUAUUGCUUAAAUUUUAAAAAGAUUUGAGGGAAAUAGUACAUUAAUUUUGUAUCACUCAUCACAAAGUAAAUGAUCAUAAUUUGUCCAACAAACAUGUAUAAUUUUUUUGUUACAGGUCAAAAUUUAAUUUAAGUUAUAAUAUUUUAACCCAGGUUGAUUCUCGAUUCUUUGUCUUCUAGCCCUAAUCAUUCAUGAAUUAUGGCGAGGAGACAAAGAAAAUUGAGAAUCAACCUAGGUUAAAAGUUUAACCUGAAUUUAAUGGUGACCUGUGACAUAUAAUUAUUAAGGCUACAGGGUUCGCAAAUACGCCAAAUUUGGCGUAAUUUACGCCAAAAUUGUUCAGAUGACUCCACUGAGGUUACGGAGGGAGUCACUUUGACUUCACAAAUUUUCGGUAACAAACAGGGAGCCACUUCGACUCCAGAAAUUUUCGGUAACAAACACAGUUUUGUCCUUACCUUUUUCGCAACAAAUACAAUUUACGUUAAUUGUAAACGUUGUAAACCUUAAUUAAAUCAUCGAAAUUAAAGAAUUAUACUGCACGACAAAACAGGAAGAGGGUAAAUUACGAUCAAAGUUUACUCAAUGACCGCCAUCAUGGAUUUGAGCUUUCCAGGUCAGCGGACCAUCACAGCUAGUUUGUGUAUCCCUCACGAUAGUUUAUACAUGCCAGGACCACGUGCCGGAAAGUCUGAAAAUGGCUUUUUUCGUUGUGAUACCUGACUCCAAAUAUUACAAAAUGACUCCAAAAUUUGUGAAGCAGAAGUCACACCGACUCCACUCAUCAAUAAAAAUAAUUUGCAAACCCUGAGGCUAGAUUUAGUGGUAAAAAGUGACCUAACGUGGUUAAUUUUCAAAGAGAGUAAGACAAUAAAAAAAGGUUUGUUUUAGAUUCAACAGUUAAGUUGCUUAAGGAUGUAAAUAUUAAGUAGAUAAAUUAGUGGGAAGCCUCCUUAUCAGUAAAAGUGUUAUGACAAAAGAAAUGGGAAAAAAAUUAAUUAGUGUCAGAAAUGCAAUAGUGUUUGGGAUGGGCUUGUAACCAGGUACAGGUAUGUAUUUAGUGAUGGAGGUGAAAGUACUUCUGUUAUUAUUGACUACAACAUGUGAUGUUGACUAUAAGAGAAUGAUUUUAUUAAAUGAAAGAACUGUGAUAUAUUUCAGUGUUAGAUCCUUAUGCGGAUACUCCUCCUCUUGAAACCUUAAUGGAAAUACCUUUGCAUGUCAGAAGAACACAGUUGUUCAAGGUUAGCUCCAAACCUGCAUAAUGUACUGAUAUUUAUUUAGGCAAUUACAUACAAUUCCUGCUGUUUUCUGUGUCAAGAAAUGCAGAUCUACGGGGCUCAACUUUCUGUAUUUUGUAUAUGGAUUGACUAUACUUUUUGACUCUCUCUGCAGUGCUUAAAGGAAGGAGACAUCGUCAUGGGCAAAGUAACUUACAAGAGACCCUUUGGUAUUAUAGUAACACUGACUAUGUUGGAAUCUGGGUGCAAUAGAGACUUCAGUGAUCUUGAUAUUCAGGUAUAUUAUUAAGAAGGUAACCAAUAUUACAUUGUGGAAGAUAAUCUGUUAGCAAGUUUGAAAAAGGAUUGUGAAGAAUCCAAUAUUGCAGGGAUGUUCCAAACAAUCUUGGAUGCUUGCACACUGCAGAGAACCAGUUUACUCUGAAGUGUUCUAUGGUUUGGAUUUGUGUAAAUUCUCAUUGAAUUAAAUGCUACUACCAAAGCAUCUGAUUUGGGAACAAGCCCUUGAUUUUAUAAAAACCUACGAAAUUUCCGGUGAGCUUUUGCAUGACAAUAUUAACUCACACCUGAAAACAACAUGUUAUCUUCACAUGUGUGAAAAGAUCUCAGUCACCGUGGUUACAUAAUGAAUUGCACCUAUUUUAGCCAAAGCCUAUUAACCCUUUAAGUCCCAAUACAAAUCAACAUCAGUUUUCUCCUUAAUGAUAUCCAUACAAUGGGAAGAGAUUAGGUUAUGAGAAGUAAUAAAAUGAUCACCAAAGAGAAUGCCUUGAUCUUUUAUUAAAUUCUCUCAACUCAUUCCUUAAGGAAAUGUAUGGAGACCAGUUUGGAGAAUUUGUAUGUGGAUAUUGGGACUUAAAGGGUUAAAGGGAAAUUGUUUGGCACUUCAUUGGUGUUUUCAUUGUAUCUAAUGUACACAAUUGCCGCUUGGAGAUACAAAAUUUCAACACUUGAAGAGAAAUUUCAUAUCUGCACACUGUAAAAGCCCCCAUCUACAUUUCUCAGAAAAAUGCGUUUCUAUCACUCACCGUCGAGGCUAUUCUUAGCUGCUUGUUGUAUUGCUUUUACCCAGGCAUUGUGCAAGUUAUCAGAGUUAGACAGCUCAGAACUGACCAAGGAGUACAAAGACCCAACUGAUGCUUAUGUGAUUGGUGAUAUUAUUCGAGGUACUUAACAUAUGCGUCCCACAUUUUGGCAAAAAUUUGGACUUUUUUAAAUAAAUUUGUCUGACACCAAGUUUUUGAUGGCUUACAUUUUCUUUUCAUGUAGGAGUAAUUACAAAUGUUAAUGGUGAGGAGGAAAAAGUGUCAAUCUCUUUGAGAAAUUCAAGAUUACCUGAUGUACAUAAACAUAUGAGUUUGGUGAGUGCAUUUCAAUAAAAGACUGCGUGCAGAUGUUCAUGAAGCACUUUCUAGCAUCCCAGUUACUUAUUUGUUCAUGUUUAUCCCAUUGGUUCACCCUUUAACCUUCUGAUGGAGAAUUUUAAAAACUUUGUACAACUGCAUGCAAUAUCUGUCAUGAUUUUCUUUUUAUUUCUUUUGUUCUACCAACACUAGAUAAGUAUGACUGUUUUAAUUUUGCUUAGUUGUUCCUUUUCUUUAACCUUGUUUGCAGGGUGUUGUGGAUGACUCUGAUGCAGUUUUCACCAGGUAUACUGUACAUGUAUGCCAUUAUAUUUUAUUUGUAAACAGUCCCCUACACUUAUCAAGGAAGAGGUGCACAAAAGCCUAAUUUUACAGUGUAGGUGGCCUGACAAAACCUUAUCAUUCACACAGUUUGCAACAUGUCUUGUCCUAAUAGAAAUGUGUUGGUGAAUUUAAAGCCUGGUGAUUGCAUGUAAAAGAUGUUUAUACAGUCAAUGACGCAGGCAGCUUUGAAAAAAAAAUGCGAAUACUCCUGUUAGUAUUCAAACCUAUGACCUGGUUCAGAUGCUUUACCACUGGGCUGCUGGAGACUCGUGUUAGCUUUUUGAGAAAAGGAAUGUGUUUUGUGACAUUUUGAUAAGUUGUUACAUCUGAACCUUGUUGUUGUGGAUUUUUCAGGAGAGAUUUAAGGUAACUUUCUUUGAACUGUUUUGUAUUUUGCAGGUUACAGGAUAAUCCAGAUGGACUGAAUUAUGAAGAACACUUGAACAAACAUAAGGGUUUUAACAACCCAAGGAAUAUAGAUACACUUACAGAUCUCCUUGGUAUUGAUACCACAGCUCCAUGUUCUUUAUUGAGAUGCUUCCAAAGGUACAUUUAUGCAAUAUAGUCCCAAAUGUUUCCAUAAGAUCAUUGAGAUUGAGUGCGCUUACCAUUACUGAAGGCAUGGACCCUGGGGUUUAUAGCGGUGGGGGGUAGAUUUUUCUUGCUCCUUCCAAACCAUCCCUCAUUCCCUGAGUAUAUUUGACACUCGUCCCCAGGCUACACUCGGUAGUUUUGAAACCAAGAUGGCCGCCUGUAAGGGUUGGUGGUGGAUCCUGACAAUCCUACCGAAAAAUAGGGGACUGUGAACAGUUGAGAUUAUUUUAAACAAGUCCAGUACCAAACGUGAGAAUUACCUUACUUUGCUGACUUCAAUUUGUUUUGUUAUAUUAAUUGUAGAAUUCCAUUCUCAGUCUUCCGAUAAAUAUUUAAAACCUUGUCUAAUGUCAAUUGGAUAGUCUUAACCUUAAAAAGCGUUUUCAGUUGUGGAAUUAAGCUUAUACAAGACCUGAGAAGAUUGGAUCAUUCAAAGUUAUUUUUUGUUGUUGUUACAUAUAAUAUGUAGUUCGUGUGUAUUUCCUUGACAGGAAGGACUGCCCAGAGGGUGACUAUGCAGAGCCUCUGAGAAGGCGGCAGUCUGCCAAAUGGUCAAUGGAAACGUAAGGAUUUCUAUUGGUUGAGUGAUUGUAUUGUCGAUGCCUUUUUUUAAUGGCGAUAAAUUAUAUCAAGUUGUAGAAUGAUUUUUAAUUACAUGUAAGCUGCAUGCAACAUAAGAACAUUUAUCUGCAUGGUAGUUACCACUAACGCAGGUUCCAAGUGCAUAACCUUUUAUUUGGGAGAAAAGAAAUGAAAUUGGGAAAAAAGCUAUGCUUCUGAUCCUAGUUGUUGAAUUUGUGGAUAACGCUAUCCACUGGAUAAAUCACCAUCCAUUAGAGCGUUUCGCUCGACUAUCCCUGAGGAAAAAUGGGGGCUACUUGUAGUCUACCAUCCAUUGGAUAACGCAAUUUGUUUCUGUAGUACUUAGGGAUGGGACAAUGAUUUAUCCGGUGGAAUAACUGACACCUGUUCUUUUCAUAUUCAAUUAUAAAACAUUAUUGGUUGACUGACCAAGGUUUCCUUGAGCCAUACGGAAACUACCACACGUACUUAGUCCCCUUCCUUACUAUAGGAAAUGAUGUUAGUCUGGUGACAGGCAGAUUAAAUACUGGCACUUUUUUCUUUCACGGGCAUACUUUUUCCUUCAUUCAUCACCAUUUGUAAUGAACUUGGUACAGGUUACCUACAGACCACUGUUUAUCUGUUGUUUUUUAGGACAGCCAAAGGUGUGGAGCAUUUUAAAACGGGAAAUCACGAGGCUGCUAUGAAAUAUUUUGAGCAUGCGCUACAGAUUGAUGGUGAAAAUGUGGAGGCACUGGUAGCUCGAGGAGCCCUGUGAGUUGUUUACGAAUUGAAACUUCUUCAGUUUUUCAUAAUUUUGUUAAAAAAAUGUUCUCAGGACUAUUUUGACUCUUCCAGGGAUCUAACUCAAAUUGCUUUUUCAUAUCUAGAUAUGCCAAUGACGACAAGCUCGCUCCCGCUAUCAAAGAUUUCCGGGCGGCAUUGGCGAUCUGUCCAAGUCACAGAAACGCCAACAAAUACCUCACUGCCACGCUAGUGGAACAGGGACUACAGUAAGUCACUGCAAGCCUGCCGUCACUGUUUUUCCUUUGUUAAAGGACAUAAUUAUGUCGAUCCUACAAGAUCACCAUUGGUAGGCCCCGCUCGAAGACGUUCUAUUGGCUCGUCCCGCAAAUCCUCAAAAAAUUGUUGUAAUUUAUUAUGAAACGAAUCUUGCAUAUGUAUUGCAGGUUUUUACAGAGUUUUUGUGGUGCUUUUGUUCCUAGACGAGAAAAAGAAGGGAUACUGUCAGAAGCUAUACAGAGCUUUAAGGAGGCAUUGGAAAUUGAUAACAAUCAACAAACGGCGAGAGAUCAUCUUGAGAAAAUCGAGCUGCAAAUCAAAGUUAAGGAACAGGUGCGUAAUACGUGCUUGCUUACUUGAUUACUACAAACCAAUCCAUGCUCCCACCCCCUUCUAGUCCCUUCUUCCCCCUAGCAUUUAGUACAGGGUUGGUACCCUGUGAGCACAUGCGCACAGGUUAGUUACUCGGAAAACGAGUGUCCAUCAGAUUUCGUAGCGCCUGCGCGAAAUCAUCCUGUUCCAAGCGUUCAUUUUGUAGGCGCGUACACUGAGAGUUCUCCAGGCUCAGCUCAAUUGAGACAUAAAGUCAGUUGAAAGCAAUUAACAGUUUAAUUACCGGACGUUUAUAAACUAAUGAUAUUUCUUUCUAAUGCGAUUGGUUUCCUGUUUUCUCUCUACAUGUCUUGCCCCCCAUCGUUCCGUUGUUGGCUGACGAUUUCAUUUUCCAAUUUCACUGCCUUCUUCUGUGAUCUUACACACAACGAAAUCUACAUGCUGUGCGGGGAUUUUUGCGGUAACUCUCAUUUCUACUUGAAAUGACUUUAUGUAUCUUGUUUGUUUUGGCUUUUGAAAUAAAAAUUGCGACCGUUCACUUGUUGUUGUCAUGUUCUUCAUUUAUAUUGAUAUGUUGUGCUUUUUUCAUCUGAACGGUAUCACAAACACUUACUGUCACUUUAACUGUUUCAUAUCCAUUACCCUGUUCCCUGUCCCUCUGUUGUCUGGUUUGAUACAAUUUGGAUCAAAUUUUACUUUAUUUUUGUUACUUUGUCGCAACUCAAUUUAAACACUUAACCGAAUUACUUUCAUUUGGAAUGUCUUGUUCAUAAAUCGCACCAUUUUGUCUCAAAUGAUCUUUCAUUUUUCACGUUCAUUCCCACUCUACAAUGUUUUCCCUUCUAUUACAUGAUUUCCCGCUACGUUGGCUCGUGAUAACAAAUUACAACCAUAUUGCACCACCCCUCCCGUCUCCCCCAAUUCGUUGUUUUCUUCAUUUGACCUUACCUGUGACGUCAGGAGAAAGAGCAGGCCGCUGCAAGAGUAGACAAAGGGCUCAAGAGCAGGUUUAGUCACGUGAGGGAACUUAUUUUGGAGGAGCAAUUUCAGUCAAAGAAAAAAAGAAAGAAAUAUGACAGGUAUGGAGACGUUUUUUAAGUAGAACGGUUUGUGAUUUCGCCAAUUAUGUAAGUUGCAUAGAACGUCAUGCGCCAAUCAGAGAUGAAGACAAGUUCUGGAAAGCGUGCGACAGUAAGUCACGCUUGGUCCGAAUCCAAAUUAUGAUUGGUCGAGAAAUGGGGCGAAUUUCUCGAGCCCACUUUAACGUGAUUCCUUUUCAUUUAGAAACCUGUCAGCUCGGUGAACGUUCCGAGUUGCUUCAAGCCUCCUUUUCUCUUAGCCUCGUUUUGGAAGUGAGAGUUUUUGUAACUCGGAAAUGGCCUUAAUUGGUGUUUUUCGAUUUGUUUGAGAUGAAUGUUUGUCCCUAUUUGUUCGUUAAUUCUCCAGCCUUUUGUUAUAUCCACGGUUUACGUGCAAAUUGCGAGUUACAUCAAUUACAACUUCUUUGUUUUGUUCAACUAGUAGAAAGAGAAAGAAGAAGAAGAAGAUUAAAGUUCUCAAGAAAAAGAAAACGAAAUCUAAAGCAAAGGUUCGUCGUGGCUCCAAACGUACCAGUUCUACUUCAUCUUCUAGUUCAACUGAUUCUUCAAGUGAAAGCGAAUCCUCGAGAACUGAUUCUUGUGAAAGUAGCGAGGAAUGGGUCGAAAAAAGUGGUGCAGAAAGCAGUAAAAGAAAAACAAGUAGAGACUACGUGGAGACAGAGAAACCUUAUGAAAGAAACGAUAUUGUGAAUUUUCGAGCAGAGCUUGAUCAUCCUGGUACUUUACAUAGCGAUAAGCGUGUUGGGGAAGACACUGUACCACAUAGCAGUAGAGGCAGAACUGACUCGUCACCAGAAUACGAUAGGUAUAAGGGUCACAGUACGUGGAAAGAUAAUAGCGAUAAAACAACAAAGUGUAGGCUUUCAUCAUCUUCAAAAAGCCACAGGAGUUUCGAAAAAGAGAGAGAAAAGCAACCAGUCGAAGAUCGGGGCAAUGAAAGUAGAAGAUACAGAAGCCGCGAUGCUCGUUAUAGUCCACGGAAGCGAGCAGUAAGUGAAGAGCGCGCUGAGAAUGUAAAACUUAAACGAACUAAGUCUCCGAGGAAGGAGAGUAAGCAAGCGCUGCCCCCGUUAAACCAAACAUUUCUGGAAGGUGAGCUUAAAAGAAUCAGAGCGCACAGUGACAAGGAUAAUGAAAAGCGUCAGUCAAGUGCUCGGUACCGCAAAUAA